AAUAGACGAUAUCCGUCACGUGACCGCAGCAGCGCUUAACCAGAACUGACCGGUACAGCGCGAGGCGCGAGCCUGCCUGCUGUUCACGAGCUCGUACAGUUACUUAUACCACCACCGAACCAGCCUGCUCAGACCAACCGCUCCGGCGCACACACUACUACUGCUGCUGCUAAACAUGGCGAGAAAGACCAAAAGUCCAGUAACUUAUGCUAAAAUGAAGGGAAUUGUCUCAUUCUUCACUGCUUUAAUCAAAGAAAGAAAGAAAUGUUCGACUGAAUGUUCUCUGAAACUUGGGACCAGCAUUCCAGUCUACAACCACAUGAAUUCUGAAUGCUUUCUGAGACCAGCAGGAAUUCUAUCUGAUGAGUCUGCAGCAGCUGCUUGUUUUACCAAUACAUCACAGGAGCUGCAAAGGGUGUCGGCAGCAGAUUUUAACUACCUAAAAGUAAUUGGGACAGGCAGUUUUGGGAGGGUUCUACUGGCUAAACGUAGGGAGAACAACAGACACUACGCAGUCAAAGUUUUACAGAAGCAUAUCGUCCUAAAGAAAGAAGCGGAAGACCUUAUCAUGUGCGAGCGUAAUGUAUUGCUGAAGACUCUAAAUCAUCCGUUUCUGGUGAGACUUCACUUCAGCUUUCAGACCAAAGAGAAGCUUUAUCUAGUCUUAGACUAUGCUAGCGGUGGAGAGCUCUUUUACCACCUCCAAAGAGAGCGUGUGUUCAGGGAGCCUAGAGCCAGGUUCUAUGCUGCAGAAAUUGCCAGUGCUCUGGGAUACCUACAUUCCCUGCAUAUUGUCUACAGGGACCUGAAGCCGGAGAACAUCUUGCUUGAUUCUGCUGGCCAUGUGGUCCUAACAGACUUUGGCUUGUGUAAGGAAGGUAUAGCGGGCCGUGCAACCACCAGAACCUUUUGUGGAACCCCAGAGUACCUGGCUCCCGAAGUUCUUUUUCAGCAGGAAUACGACCGCACCGUGGACUGGUGGGGACUUGGAGCUGUGCUACAUGAAAUGCUUUAUGGUCUGCCACCUUUCUACAGUCCAGACCGCAUGAAGAUGUUGGGCAAUAUUAUGUAUGAGCCACUGGUUUUAAAGACUGGGGUGUCAAAGAGUGGAAGAGAUCUUCUCAAAAGACUGUUACACAAAGAUCGAGCUAAAAGGCUAGGAGCUAAACGGGAUGUUGCAGAGCUGAAGUGUCACUCGUUCUUCUCCUCCCUCCAAUGGGAUGACCUUGUGGCAAAGAAAAUCCCACCCCCUUUCAUUCCCUCACUGUCUGGCCCUGAUGACAUGACAAACAUUGACCCUGCAUUCACAAAGCUUCCUGUUCCAGACUCUUCGGAUGUGUGUGAGGAGGCUGGUGUUACCUUUUCUGGCUUUAGUUACACAUCUAACUUUGUAUCUCUGUAGAUCAGCGGACACAGAGUUAAAAUGUUACUGUCAUGUGAUUACAAUAUGAACUUUUUGUGCCUAAUUUAAAAUGACUAUACCUCUUAAGAGUUUAUAUGUAUUUUCACCAAAAAGCACAUCAAGUGCAAAGGGUUUUUGAAAAUUAUUUAUUUAUUGGUUAAUACUUAGGAACUCUUUGGACCACUACAUUUGCAAAUAAUUGUUGUACUGCACUGUUAUUCUUUUCUUAUGGUAUGGCAAUGUGGUUUUCAUCUUUUAUAUCUGUGUAUUUUGUGUUGGGAUUUUUUUAAUAAAUGAAUUUACAAAGAUAGUUAGCAUUUUAUAUGAUACAAAUUUGUACAUGUAAGAAUAUUAGCACAAAUAUUAAGAAGUUAACUGUGUUAAGUUUGUAAUAAAUAAAAUGUCUUGUUUUUUGCAUAUUGUAAUUUUUAAAUAAGGCAUCUGCAAUGCAAUUUUUUAAACAAAUACUUGAGUUUACACAAAUUCCAGCAUUUUUAUUUAGCAGUUAGAAUUAUUUUAAAUUGUUCUAGGAUUAUUAGGGUUGAAGAUUAAGAAAAUGACCUCUAUUAGCCUUUCACAGGACGUAUUUAUGUAUUAGCUUAACAGUAUUUUAGUAUGUAUUUUACUGUAUUCUAAUGGCAUUUUGUAUUAUGGCCGAGAUUAAAGAAUCAUUUAUUUAUUUA